AUGCCGGAGAAUAAGGUUUUCCCAUGGGUUGAGAAGUAUGGAGGUGCAACGGAUCCGGUGAAACACCUACGGUCGUUCGUGGAUGCUAUGGCGGUGUAUUCUUCUGACGAGCUGGUCUGGUGCAGGGUGUUUUCUUUAUCCUUAAAGGAUGAAGCUCUGGAUUGGUUUCAUUCACUGCCGCCGCGAAGCAUUGAUGGAUUCAUUACUUUGAGACAGUUGUUUAGCCAACAGUAUGCAUCAAACCGGUCGCAGGGUUUGACUUAUACGGCCCUUGUCAGGAUGAAGCAAGGACGAGAGGAGUCAUUGAAGGGGUUCAUGGAGCGCUUGAACCGAACCGCUCGACAGGUGAGGAACGUCGAUCAACGGCUGAUAGUCAGCGCCCUCACUACGGCGUUGAGGCCGGGACCUUUUGUGGAUUAUUUGUACGAGGAAGAGCCUCAGUCAAUGGAUGAGCUGCAGCAUAAACUGGCCGGGUUUAUUCGGGUAGAAGAGGGAAGGGCGUAUCGAGGCGAUCAGGCUGAUGAAGGGGGGUCUAAUGUGAAGAUAGGACGAGACCGAAGAGGAGAGAAGCGGUCGGCUGACGGAGAGCGCCGAUCGGGUGUGAAGCGAGGGAUAGAGGUUCAGAGAGCGCAACAAUACUUCCAUCACACUCCAUUGAGUGCCCCGAGGGUGACAGUCCUGGAAGAGGCCUUAAGGGCUAAUCUGCUGACGGUAGCACGGUCCCCGACCCCACGGGGAGCGGAUGAAAGUAAACAUUGCCGGUAUCAUCAGAAUAUGGGGCAUUCUACUGAGGAUUGUGUCGCGUUGAGAGAUAAGUUGGAGAGCCUGGUGCAGGCGGGGCACCUGAGGGAAUUUGUUCAAAGGGGGAAUCCUGGCCCGAGGGAGAUCCCGGGAAGACACGGGGGUCGAUUGCCGGCCGGGCAGAGGGUUCCGCCGGCUGCUGAACGGACAAAGGGCGGCGGAAGUGGAGAAAGGCCUCUGAGAGGGGUGAUAAAUACCAUAUCGGGCGGUUUUGCUGGAGGAGGGGCGUCCUCAGCCGCCCGAAAGCGGCAUUUGAGAAAUUUGCAUAGUGUGAAUAAGGUGGGGAUUGCUAGAAGAACCAUGCCUACCAUAACGUUUUUAGACGAGGAUUUCCAUGCACCGGAUCCGGACCAAGACGACCCUAUGGUCAUAACGGCUAUCAUCGCUCGGUACAGCGUGGGAAAGGUGUUGAUUGACUAG